UCGAUUGGCAUUCAGCGGCUUGAAUCGGUGCAAAGUGAAUCGUUGUGUCGGCAGAAUAAAAACCUCAUAAGACAAAUAUAAAUAUAAUACUAUAUAAUAAGAAAAGUGGUAAAAGUUAUGAUCUAAAUCACACACGUUUAAAAUAGUGUUAGCAUAACGCGUGAUAAGUUUUGAAAGUGAAAGGAGACGAUAUCGAAAGUGAAACUAAAGACAGCUAAUAAAUAAAGCAAAUAAUAUAAGCUUAAGACUUUUAAAUAAAAACCUAAUUGAACUUCAACUUCAAAUUUAACCAAAAUGACUUCUGCUAUCAGCAACUUACUGCAGAGCUUGCGUCUCAACUCGGCGUUGAAAAAAUCCAACAGUACUUCCGCAAAUCCUGCGCUGCAUAAAACAUUCCCACAGGAACCCAGCAAUGGCCUGCUACCGCGCGGCCUUGCCGAAAUACCGCUGUCCGUUGUGGCACAACAUGAUGAGUACUCCGACUGUUGGAUUGUCAUUUACGAUCGCGUUUAUGACGUCACACAAUUUCUACGCGAUCAUCCCGGUGGCGAGGAUAUCAUAAUGGAGCAUGCCGGCCGCGAUGCAACUUUGGCUUUCCAUGGCACUGGACACUCACGCUCGGCGAUCGAACAAAUGGGCGACUAUCUGAUCGGUGAAUUACCGCCCAAGGAGCGCAUCUUCAGCAAGGGUAGCGCGAAAGUGCUAUCUAUUGACGUGCCGCAGUGAAAGUAGAGAGCGGAAGAGAGAAAGGAAGUGUUUGAAAAACUGAUCACGCUACUCACUGUACAACCGUUCACAUGUAUGAUAAGGCACAUGUAUGAUAAGCUUUGCGCUCACUCAUUCUGAUACUAGCACUGCACUCACUUGUUCCUAUAUUAGAUUUGGUGUCGGCACCUGAUAACCAAUUCGAAUUAGCUAGUGCCAGCUGAAUCUUAUCACUUUUGGCGAAGAAAUUCUACGCUUUAAUAAGACCUGUGACCCAUAAUUUAAGAUACGUGAGUGAAUUAGAACGUGAUUUCCAAAGUUUAGACAUUCAAACGCAGAUAGUAUAGAAAUGUAAUUGUGUAUGUGGGAUGAAAUAAUUCUCAGAAUUUUUCUACAACGUAGAAAAUCAUGUAACUAAAUAUGUAUAGUUUGUAACUACAUAAUAACCAUAGCUUUAUAUUUUACAAAUUUGUAAACGAACAUACACAUGUACAUACAAAUUCCAAUCAAAACUGCUUUUGAUGUGACAGCUUUCUUCAAUGCAAUUCCUGUUUACAAUGUAGUAUUGUUGUUGCAUUUAUAAUUACGUUGUGUACUUAAGUAUCAAAUAGUUUAAAAACAGAACAUUCAAACAGAAAUUUA